AUGAUGGACACUCUCGUGGUCAAGUCUGCUCUGCAUUUGGGCUUUGAGCACUGCCUGGUCGAGCAGAUAGUCCAGAGUAAAAUGAGAACCUGCGGGGAGAACUACAAGACGGUUCAGGAGCUGGUCUCAGAUCUGAGGAUGGAGGAGAAGGAGAUGUGGACAGGUAGAAAAGUUGUGUCACAUGAAACCACAUUUUUGACCACACCCAUUUUGAUUUGACAAAAACCUUACAUACAGUACAUGUUUGCCCAUGAUAGAAAUGGUAAGAAUGUGAAUCUUAAAGGCCAGGUUCACUUCAUUUGAACUAAACCUCUAUUUCUUAUGGAAAUGGUGUUAUAGAAGUGCCCAGACACUUUUUUUGCGAUUUCACUUGGUUUUGAGAAACUUACCCCACCAGCAAUAGACUUCCUCAUUGCUCGUUCUGCAGUAUGGGGGCCAUGGAUAAACAAGAACACCCAAAUAUGUCCUUUUAGAAACGGCAAAGCCCUCAGUAUAGUGAUGCAGGUCUUUAUAUGUUGUACACAUGAAAUUGUGUAAUUCUGAACUUCAUCCACAAUGUUAUAUUCCAUUGUGUUGGACUCGAGUGAUACUUUUCCAUGUGCGAGCAUACGCGUGCUUUCUCAUUCCCAUUGGGGUGAUACGAGAAAUUAGAAACCACGCGCAUGCUCGCACACGGAAAUGUAUACCGCCGUCAGUUGAAGGGUGGAAUACAUGUUUGGCUGAUAAAUGUGCAAAAGAUUUGAAUAUCAUAGACAUUUUAACUUUUAAAUGGUACCACAAUGACAGUUGCAGAUCCAUCCAUCAAAGAAUAUUGACUUGAAUGGGAAUAUUCAUUGUUUUAAAUUACAUUGUCACUCCAUAGAAAACCUAUUGAAAUCAUAGAAAUAAAGAUAAUAGAACAGACAUUCCCAUUCAAGUUGAUAUUCGGCGGUGGGUGGACUGGCAGUCACCUUUGUGGUAGUAAUUGGAAUCAGUGGAGGCUGCUGAGUGGAGGACGGCUCAUAAUAAUGGCUUGAACUGAGGGAAUGGAAUGGCAUCAAACACUUGGAAACCAUGUGUUUGAUGUAUUUGAUACUGUUCCACACUUUCCGCUCCAGCCGUUACCAUGAGCCCGUCCUCCCCAAUUAAGGUGCCACCAACCUCCUGUGUUGGAAGUUAAAGAUGCACUAUGCAGAAAUCGCUCCGCCAAAUUCAAAUAGUUUGACUAAUAUGAAGAACAAAAUCUGAGUUUUUAGAUAAUUUACAUCGAAGGUAAAAAAUUACAGAUUUAUUUUGACAUUUUCUUUUCAAGAAAUGAUAACAUUGUUUGACUUUCAGGACCUCUAUCUCCUGACAGGGGUGUCAAACUCAUUUCGCCCUGGGGGCUGAAAUUCGGUCUUCAAUGAGGUCCGGAGGGUCGCACUGAAAAUGUGUUAUAUUUCCUCUCCGUCCAAAUGUGCAAACAAAAAUGCUCCAUCCAUAGUUUGGGGGAUUUUCCAUGCUCCCUGACUGUCUAGCUUUCAUUUCGGUGAGUGUUAGCAAGCUGGACACAGUCAAGAAACUGUAUGAAUGUAUAGUAGGUCCAUUAUCAUUUCUACACAGUUUCUAUUUGGUUUUAGUCAUUUUAAAGUAUAUUGAGUUAGUUUUCGUUCGUUGUUUUUUUAAAUUACUCAAACCACUCGCGGGCCGUAUGUUUGACACCCCUGAUAUAGAAUGACCCAGUGUGGGCUAUCCGUCUUCAAGACAAUAUAAAAAUGUCAUGCCAUUAGAAUGUUUCAUAUUUCUCUUUCUACAGCUUCUUGCAAGGACCAAAUGAAGCAGUCGCCUAAACAGCAAGAGCAGUUGCGCCAUCUGCAGGAGCAGUUGCGUCAUCUGCAGGAGGAACGUACAUGUAAGGUGUGUAUGGAUGAGCCGGCCAAAAUGGUCUUUAUCCCCUGUGGACACCUGGUGGUGUGUGAGAAGUGCGCCUUGCUGAGUAAGUGUCCCAUCUGUAGACAGGAGGUUCAACACACUCUCCUCAUCUUCACUUAGACCAGUACAGGAUGCCACCUGCUGUAUCUUGGGUUAUAGCGGAUCCCCAUGCUUUAUCUUGGGUUCGAGUCAUGCGUCCUCUGAAACAUGACCUGCCAAGCCGCGCUGCUUCUUAACACCCGCUCGCUUAACCGGCAGCCAGCCGCACCAAUGAGUUGACGGAAACACCGUUCAACUGACAACUGAAGUCUGCUUGCGGGCGCCAUGCCUGCCACAAGGUGUCGCUAUAACUAACGGGCAACCUGCCUGUCACUAGUGCGUCGCCCUAUGGCGAGGGUAAAAAAUAAACAAAUUAAACCCUUAUUCCUUAAGAUGGAUUUUUUGACUGUCUUUUUUGCCAUUUAAGAAUGUGUUAUGCAAUGUCUUUCUAUGGGCUAUAGUAGUGAUACAUAUAUACUGUAUAUUUUUUUUAUACCUAAAUGGCUUAGACUAAUAGAGGUUAAAAACAGAAGUGAGCUCAGGACAGCCCCUUGAGGCCUCCGGUACAAAGUGGGUGGAGAAUGUUGUGACAACCUUCACUCUGAUUCCUUCUGUUGGUGAGGAUGCUUUGUAUGAUAUUGACCAUUUGUGGGGGGAGUUUUAGGUUGCUGUCUCUGAGUUUGUUGAGUAGGCCCUGGUGCCACAUUUAGUUCCCGACACACUCAACCCUCUCCAAAAGGAAUGCAUAUGUGAGGAUGCUGUUCAUCAACUACAGCUCGGCCUUCAAUACCAUAGUGCCCUCUAAGCUCACCACAAAUCUCAUGGCCCUCGGACUGAACUCCUCCCUAUGCAAUUGGGUCCUGCACUUCCUGACAGGCUGCCCCCAGGUGGUGAAGGUAGGCAACGUUACGUCCUCGACACUGAUUCUCAACACAGGGGCCCCACAAGGGUUCUUCCUGAGUCCCCUCCUGUACUCAAAUAAAAUCAAAUUUUAUUCAUCACAUACACGUGUUUAGCAGAUGUUAUUGCGGGUGUAGCGAAAUGCUUGUGCUUCUAGCUCCGACAGUGCAGUAAAAUCUAACAAGUAAUAUCUAACAAUUUCACAACAUAUACCCAAUACACACAAAUCUAGUAAGGAAUGGAAUUUAAGAAUAUAUACAUGGACGAGCAAUGACAGAGCGGCAUGGACUAAGAUACAGUAGAAUAUUAUAGAAUAGAAUACAGUAUAUACAUAUGAGAUGAGUAGUGCAAGAUAUGUAAACAUUAUUAAAGUGACUAGUGUUCCAUUUCUUAAAGUGGCCAGUGAUUUCAAUAGGCAGCAGCAGCCUCUAAUGUGCUAGUGAUGGCUAUUUAACAGUCUGAUGGCCUAGAGAUAGAAGCUGUUUUUCAUUCUCUUGGUCCCAGCUUUGAUGCACCUGUACUGACCUCGCUUUCUGGAUGAUAGCGGGGUGAACAGGCAGUGGCUCGGGUGGUUGAUGUCCUUGAUGAUCUUUUUGGCCUUCCUGUGAUAUCGGGUGCUGUAGGUGUCUUGGAGGGUGGGCAGGUUGCCCCCGGGAACCAGGCUGGGCACACCCCCAUCCUCAUUAACAGGGCCGCUGUGGAGACUUCAAGUUCCUCGCCAUGCACAUCUCCAAGAAGCUGAAAUGGUCAAAUCACACAGACACCGUGGUGAGGAAGGCACGUCAGCGACUCUUCAACCUCAGGAUACUGAAGAAAUUCAGCCUGCCCCAGAGGGCCCUCACGGUCUUCUACAGGAGUACCAUCGAGAGCAUGCUGUCGGGCUGCAUCACAGCCUGGACCGCAAGGCGCUACAGAGGGUGGUGCGCUCUGCCGAACGCACCAUUGGGUGCACACUGCCUGUCCUCCAGGACACCUACAACACCAGGUGUCACAGGGAGGCCAAGAAGAUCAUCAGGGACCCCAGCCAACUGAGCCAUGGCCUACUCUCCUCAUUUCCAUCACUCAGAUGCAGGCAGUAUAGGAGCAUCAUGGCAAAAACUGUAAGACUGGCCAAUAGCUUCUACCCCCAGACCAUCAGGCUGCUGAAUACACCCCCCACACCCCUGAGAUGUUCUUUUUUUCAGUUCAUGAAACAUGUGACCAAGACUUUACAUGUUGCAUUUAUUUUUUUGUUCAGUGUACAUCUGCAACCCUGUACAUGUGACAAAUAAACUCUCUAAUCUCCCUUUUCUAAAACCAGCUUGGUGGAUUCCCAGUACCCCCAGGGCCUCUACGUGUUCACUUAGUCUUUUGUUUAAAAUCUUUACUAAAGGUAUCCCUAAGUUGCUUAAAAUUGAUUGUCGGUAGAUGGUUACAUUUUGGGGAUCUUUCCCAGUUUUUUUUUUUUAAAAAAAUAAUUGUUUCCCCAGCAGACUUCCAGGGUGCGGAAAGUGGUAGGUGGGGAGGAAAGCAGUGAAGAACUGACCCAGCAGGCUCAAGUAGGUUAGUGGGGCCUCUGAGGAGCCUGCUAUCCACCUCGUCCUCAUCAAAAGAUAACUAUUGCUCUCUCCCAGAAGCUUGGCUGGUGCGUAAAACCUGCGAAUUCAAACAAAACAAAAAGGUGUAAUGGGUUUGCACUCAAAAAGAUGUUGCAUAAAGCUUACUUCAUUAUUCAUUAUUAUUUUAAAAAAUGUACUGCCCCUCUCCUGAUUAAAUAGUUUUUCCCCCCUCAUCAAUCUACACACAAUACCCCAUAAUAACAAAGCGAAAACAGGUUUUUUAAUUUUUUUCUAUUGAUCAUCCUUGAGAUGUUUCUACAACUUGAUUGGAGUCCACCUGUGGUAAAUUCAAUUGAUUGGACAUGAUUUGGAAAGGCACACAUCUGGCUAUGUAAGGUUCCACAGUUGACAGUGCAUGUCACAGCAAAAACCAAGCCAUGAGGUCGAAGGAAUUGUCUGUAGAGCUCCGAGACAGGAUGGUGUCGAGGCAUAGAUCUGGGGAAGGGUACCAACACAUUUCUGCAGCAUUGAAGGUCCCCAAGAACACAGUGGCCUCCAUCAUUCUUAAAUGGAAGAAGUACGGAAGUACCAAGACUCUUCCUAGAGCUGGCUGCCCGGCCAAACUGAGCAAUCGGGGAAGAAGGGCCUUGGUCAGGAAGGUGACCAAGAACUCGAUGGUCACUCUGACAGAGCUCCAGAAUUCCUCUGUGGAGAUGGGAGAACCUUCCAGAAGGACAACCAUCUCUGCAGCACUCCACCAAUCAGGCCUUUAUGGUAGUGGCCAGACGGAAGCCACUCCUCAGUACAAGGCACGACAGCCCGCUUGGAGUUUGCAAAAAAGGCACCUAAAGACUCUCAGACCAUGAGAAACAAGAUUCUCUGGUCUGAUGAAACCAAGAUUGAACUCUUUGGCCUGAAUGCCAAGCGUCUGGAGGAAACCUGGCACCAUCCCUACAGUGAAGCAUGAUGGUGGCAGCAUCAUGCUGUGGGGAUGUUUUUCAGCGCAAGGGACUGGGAGACUAGUCAAGAUCGAGGGAGAGAUGAACGGAGCACAGUACAGAGAGAUCCUUGAUGGAAACCUGCUCCAGAACGCUCAGGACCUCAGACUGGGGCGAAGGUUUACCUUCCAACAGGACAACAACCCUAAGCACACACCCAAGAGUGGAUUCGGGACAAGACUCUCAAUGUCCUUGAGUGGCCCAGCCAGAGCCCGGACUUGAACAAGAUCGAACAUCUCUGGAGAGACCUGAAAAUAGCUGUGCAACGACGCACCCAAUCCAACCUGACAGAGCUUGAGAGGAUCUGCAGAGAAGAAUGGGAGAAACUCCCCAAAUACAGGUGUGCCAAGCUUGUAGCGUCAUACCCAAGAAGACUUGAGGCUGUAAUCGCUGAUAAAGGUGCUUCAACAAAGUACUGAGUAAAGGGUCUGAAUACUUAUGUAAAUAUGAUAUUUCAGUUUUUGUUUUAUAUACAUUUGCAAAAAUGUCUAAACUGUUUUUGCUUUGUCAUGAUGGGGUAUUGUGUGUAGAAUGAUAAAUGGAAAAAACAAUUUCAUCCAUUUUAGAAUAAGGCUGUAACGUAACAAAAUGUGGAAAAAGUCAAGGGAUCUGAAUUGCUGAUUGCUGAUUUGGUUGCUGUUUCGUUUAUUUAUUUUCUGCCAAAGAAAAGUCCCCUGUUAUUUGAGUUGGGGUUAUUUUAUCUUGAUGAAGUCUCUUAUCAGUUUCUUUUCUGUUUGAUGAGGUUGAUGUGAGCUGGGAGCUAUUGUGAUGUUGGCUUGGGGGUGGUGAGAGGUAUGGUUUCCUCUAGGGCCUGUAUGAGGAUUUUCUCUGCCAGCUGGUAUAUAUCCUGGGGUCCUCUGAUUUUUCCAGGGUGGUGAGUAUUUUGUUGCUUACACAUUCUCUAAACUUCUCACAGUCUGCUUUUUUGUAGUUGUGUGUCUUUUUAAGGCAGGCCUGAUGGAGCUGAAGGGAGAAGGAGGCGAGGAUGGGGAGGUGGUCAUUCCCUACAUUAUGGCUGACAGAGAAGUUGUGGUCAAGGAUGUCGGAUGA